CUACUAGUGUGAAGAUGAAGAUGGAAAAAGUAGUAUGAAAAUGGGAAAAGAAAUAUAUAUAUAUAUAAAGAAAGAAGAGGAAGAUAUCUGGAUGCUUCUAGUCAAAGCAACCAAAUUUACCACUAAAUGCAUAUAUAUAAAUCCCAUAAACCUCUCCUCAGAUUGUGAGUCUUAUUUUCCAUUGUUGUGGUUGUGGGGGUGGUUGAAACGCCUUCGCUUCUUCUGUAUUUGUGUAAUGAGACCAGGAGGACCUGGCGGACCACCAGGUUGGGGGCCUCCACCUUCUGGUGGACCGGGACCUUUGCCUGGACCUGGUUUUUUUGGUGGUUUUUGCGAUGUCAUGGCUUCUUGCCUUAGCUUCUUGUGCUGUUGCUGGUUGUUACAAGACUGCUUUGGUGGUCCACUAGGCCCACCUGGACCUGCUGGACCUCCUGGUCCUCCUGGACCUCCUGGGCCUCCUGGACCAUUUGGCCCAACUCCUCCAUGAUCAUCAUUCUCGAUUUACAACUAUCCAUUUAUAUAUAUAUAUAUAAUAAUAAUACUAAUAAUAGCUUACUUAAUUGUUGUUUUAGAGCUUGAAUGCUUGGUACAUUGACUUACUCUUCUUUCCCUUCUAUUUUCCAUUGGAUAUUGUUAUGUUUGUGUGAUACAUCAACAUGAAUAAAUUCAAUAUUAUAUGAGUC